UUUAGUGAUCGUACUAGACGGACGUGCUUUUAAUAUUGUUAAAUAUUCUUAAAUAAAUUAUAAAAUGUCAGAAAUAAACUUUAAAAGUUUGGAAGAAAGUUUAGAAAAACAUAUUCCUGUAGAUGAACUUAAAGAAGUCAAACGUAUUCUUUAUGGAAGAUCAGAUGACCAUAUUUUGGAAUUACCCGAUGAAGCUAAAAAUAUUGCCACCGAAAAUGGUUUUGAAUUGAAGGCUUACAGUUUUCCAGCCAAACAGGAGCAAAUAAGAAAACCACGUCUGGUUAAAGUGGGAGCCAUACAAAAUUCCAUUGUAUUGGCCACAACGGAACCGAUUGAUAAACAACGUGAUGCCAUAUGGAAUAAAAUCACCAAAAUCAUUAAAGCUGCAGCAGCGGCCGGUGUAAAUGUUUUGUGCAUGCAAGAAGCUUGGACUAUGCCAUUUGCUUUUUGUACCCGUGAAAAAUUCCCCUGGUGUGAGUUUGCCGAAGAGGCCAUUACGGGUCCCACUACCAAAAUGCUACAGGAAUUGGCCAAAGCCUAUAACAUGGUAAUAAUUUCUCCGAUUUUGGAAAGAGAUGUAGAACAUUGCGACAUCAUUUGGAAUACAGCUGUGGUGAUUUCAAAUAAGGGUCGCUAUUUGGGUAAACAUCGUAAGAAUCAUAUUCCUCGUGUAGGCGAUUUCAAUGAGUCCACUUACUAUGUGGAGGGUAAUACGGGUCAUCCCGUAUUUGAAACUGAAUUUGGUAAAAUUGGUAUUAACAUCUGUUAUGGUCGUCAUCAUCCACAAAAUUGGAUGAUGUUUGGCUUAAAUGGUGCGGAAAUUGUAUUCAAUCCUUCAGCAACAGUUGGUGCCUUGAGUGAACCCUUGUGGUCGAUUGAGGCUAGAAAUGCUGCUAUAGCCAAUAGUUACUUUACAGUGGCUAUUAAUCGUGUUGGCUAUGAGGAGUUCCCUAAUGAAUAUACUUCGGGUGAUGGCCUAAAGGCUCAUAAAACAUUUGGCCCCUUCUAUGGCUCAACUUAUGUGGCAGCACCUGAUGGUAGUAGGACUCCGGGCCUCUCGCGUGACAAAGAUGGUCUUCUGAUCACCGAAUUGGACUUGAAUAUGUGCCGCCAAGUGAAAGACUUUUGGAAUUUCCCUAUGACUCGAAGACUUGAACUGUAUGCUGAAUCUUUCAAAAAAGCCUCCGAAUUAGAUUUUAAGCCACAAAUAAUUAGAGAAUAAUUUAAGUUAUUAAUAUUUAUAAUAUGUAUUCCAUAACUAUGUUAAGAAAAUAAAUGAUCUGAGAUGAUAA